AUGCGGAAGGACGCAAUAGUCAACGAAAUUAUUUAUGAAGGGGUGAUAAAACAUAGUGGAGAAGGAACAGACCAGAUUGGCAAAACGAAUGAACAGAAAGAGAAAAGUAUAUUGUCUAUCCCAUCCACUAGCACAAACAGUGAUUCCGAUGAGUCUGAAGAAGCAACCACUGACACAUCCUUCCUCACAUCAUCCACCAUGAUACGGAGCAACAUAAAGGCAAGCAUCAUAUGUGAAAGGUGCCUUCCACAAAAUAGCUAUGCUCAUAAUACAUGUGAUUUUACAAAGGGGCAUAGAAGGGGGAGUAGUUCCCCCCCCCCUUUAGGAGAAGCAAACAAUAUUACCGUUAAUAAAUCUGCAUCCUUUGGUGAUAUUGCUCCGCAUAGCCAAGAAAAUUUUCUAGAACUCUUCGAAUCCAUUAGGAAAAAAGAGGAAGAUAAACAUCAAGAAAAUUAUUUAAGAGGGGAAAAAAAUUACCCAACGAUGAAGUCCCACUCACAACGUAUAGAACCUUUUUCUUCAUGGGGUAGUGAUGAUCCACUAGAUGUGAAAGUCCCAACAAGGUGA